AUGGCAACCAAAGCUCCUCCAACAGCAGCUCACCAAUCCGGCGACGCCACCGUGAAGAAAGAGCUUCGAAAGCCGGUGUUUGUGAAGAUUGAAUCUCUGAAGCCCGGUACAAAUGGACACACACUUGUAGUCAAAGUAGUGAGCUCCAAUCCUGUCCUCAACAGGAAACCCCGCAAUCCAAUGUUCCGUGGGUCCCAAAAUCACAACACCCGAAUCUCUGAGUGCCUCGUCGGUGACGAAACCGGCACUAUCCUCUUCACCGCGCGUAAUGAACAAGUUGACAUGAUGCAGCCAGGUGACUCCGUGGUCCUUCGGAAUGCAAAAAUUGAUAUGUUCAAAGGCUCUAUGAGGCUAGCUGUUGAUAAAUGGGGCCGUGUUGACGUUUUCGAGCCUGCUACAUUUGGAGUCAAAGAAGAUAACAACCUAUCCCUGAUUGAGUACGAGUUGGUGAAUGUUGUUGAAAAAUCUUGA